CUGGCGCGGCCAGAUCAGAGAAAACAGUUCGCCGAAUCCGAAGGAACGGCCCCGACUCAGAAAAAUAUGGAUAGGACUCAACCUCUCUCAAGAAAAAGAAGACACUCAUCCCGUAUGGGUGCGAGCACAAGCCAUGACGAAGAUGAACACCCCCCUCGCUCGAGGCUACGGGCAUCAAGGUUAACAAGCAGAACAAGUUCCGGCUCAGUCGAGAUCGUGGACAUUACCCCACAGACAUCCACACCGCCAAUCGCUGAAGAUGAACCGAUUGAUUUGUCAAUACCUGUCUGCAUUGUGGACCUGACGGAUGAGACGGAAACCACAAGAAAUCGACCACGAAGAAAUUUUUCUCAGGAUGACAUCGUUGAUCUUACGUCUGUCGUAGAUACCCCAGUAGAAGAGAGAGCACCAAGGAGGAGAAGGAGACGGAGCAGGAGAGGGAGACCGAUGAGGAGCUCUCAACGUGGUAACAUCAUACCUAUCCUCAGUGACGAUAGCGAUGAGGAGAACGACAUCAUGGUCCUUCCAGAGAUAGACAUCGGGCAGAGCUACAGGACAGCCAGGGCAGAGACACCUAACAGUACAGCAACAGGUCCAGGAAGAGGGCGACACGCCACACCACAGAAGAGAGUCAUCACAUGCCCUAUCUGUAUGGAAGAUGAGACAACAUUACGGAACAACGGUCAGCAGCUGAUGUCAACGAACUGCGGUCACGUGUUCUGUCGUCACUGCAUCCGUGCGAGCAUCCAAACACAGCACCGAUGCCCGACCUGUCGUAAGAAACUCACCAUGAGGCAGAUACACCCAAUUUUUCUAUGAGGGAAUAACCAGAAGAAAAGAUGUAUGAUAUCUAUAUAUUUAUAUAUGUACAAUGUAUAUUGCUGUUAAAGGUCACCCAAGGGUGAAAAAUAAAAGUGGUUUUCAUAUCUACAGGUGAACUUUCUAUGAAGGUUUGUCACAACCACUUUGUAGUUUAUUUAUGCUACAUGUAUUUAUCACUACUACCAGAAGAUUUGGUGACUUAAUGUUGACGUGAAAUCAGUCUAAACAUUUUAUGGAAAUUAUGAUUCUCAUAGAGUGCGACAGCUCCAAUUAAGGUUGGAGUUGUGUCACUUGUGUGGCCACCGAUCCGCUGCAAAUAGGCAACCUUUAUACAGAGGUGACUGCUAUAUAAGAAUGAAUUUGUCAUAUUCUAAGGAUGCUUUUGUUCUGUCAUUGUGCAGUGUUACUAAGGGCCUAGGAUACAGUUUAACCAUGUUCAUGUAUAGCUGGGUAUGAUCUGCAAUAUUGUGCCAGAAUGAGACUUAAAUGGCAUAUGGAAGAGGACAAGUUGAGCCUCACCCCUUCCCUCCCAGAGCUAUAGUGUACUCUGCGUAUGAUUUUGAUGGUGUCAAUUUGUGAACACCUAAAACAUCAAUUCAUAUUAGCCUCAAAGGGGAAGAAGAUGGUGCGCAUAAGGUGAACAUUGCAUGUUUAUACAAUGAAGUAUACCUUGAGUGUAUACUACUCCUAUAACAUCUUCUGGAAGUUUAAUACAGAAGCUCUGCAGAGUAUAUCAAGAAUAGUUCCAAAAAGUUAUUUUCCGGAUGUCAUUGCAUCACGUUUUAAUCAGGGUGGUAGAAACUUCUGUCCCACAAACAGACUUUUGAAUGGAGAUGGUUAUCAUUUCAGAAAGUGUAGAUUAUUCCCUGUAAUCCAGCUUCUCAAACUAUAUGUUGUCUGCUUAUCAGAAUACAUUGUGGUAGUCAUGAUUAUCUUAGUGAUCAAUCUUUAUAUGAGUAAUAAAUCUGCAUAUUUAUAUGAGUAAUAAAUCGCAUAUAACAUUUGUAGAAACUAUUUUGGGGGUUGCCUAAGCCAUGAAUUCAAGUGAGUAAUUGUAAGUUGUGUUUUAGAUGCUCUCUAUCAAAUCAUUUUUCAAGAAUAUAAUAAUAAUAAUAAUAAUCUGGAUUUAUAUCGCGCUUGAUAUGGAAUACUGUGUCUAAGCGCUUUACAGAUAUUAUAACUUAUAUAUAUACUUGUAAUUGGUAUGUAAUAAUGCAUCCAUGAGACAGUUGAGUUGUUGUUUUUUCCGCCUGUUCGAUCCUCUUAAUAUGUUAUUGACAAUUCUUGUAAAUUCAUUAGAAAAGUGAUCGCAACUAGUACAUCUUUCAAAACAUCAUUUCAAUACCCUUGUAUGUCCCAUAGAAAUCAUAUUAGGAUUACAUACGUCAUUGUCAUGUUCGUACAUUUCAAUAGUUACCUUAGGUUAUCGGAAGUAUUUGCUAUCGUGUUAAGGGCAGAAUAUGCAAGUUAUGGGGAAUUUCAAAUCGCUUAAUGUCAUCUCAAAUGUCUACCGGUACUUGAUAUAUGUUUCUUUCUACAUGAAGUCAUGUAGGUAUAACUUGAUAUAGAGCUUGUUUAUCUUGUUUGCACUGGUCUGCAAAAUUCUUACACGCCGGUGCAGCAAUUCUUUAUAUGAGCAAUCAUUUAAUCGUGCUAUACUAUUCCUGACGAGGUGGUUAGUUAUUUCCGUCACUGCUUUUGUUUAUUGGACCAGCAUGCUUUGGAAACAGUGUUAAUGUCCUGAAUUAGCUUGGUGCACAUGAUGGUAUUCCGGCGAGCUGUGAUUGCCAAUUUAGCAAAGAUUUACGGUCAGACUUGUCGCAUUCACAUUCUUCAACUUGUGUGAUGGCAAAGGCAGUUUUGAUAGAGUAUAAAGCGUGUCACUUCUUCUUCAGCUUUUCCUUCAUUUUGUUUAUUUCUUUUCCUGCUUUUUAUCAUUGUAAAGGGAACUCCACCCUGGUAUUAAAAUGGUUUUAAUAUAAGCAGAAACAUGAGAGGAACUGGUCAGUGAAAGUUUGAGCAAAAAAUGAUUAAAAGUCGAAAAUGUUAAUACAACCCCUGUAUGAAACAAAUCUAUUCCAUCAUCAAUAACUAAGAAAAUGAACUUUUAUGAACUUUUCUGUACGGGGAAAAUUGGAGAAGAGCUCGCAUGAUACGUCAGAGUGUUGCCAAUGGGUUUUUCACGGAUGACAACAUGAAAAAUUCAUAUAUCUUUUCAAUCGGAUAUUGCUCAAACUUUGAGUUUCUCUUGUUGUUCUGCUUUUAUUUUCUGUUUUUUUUUUUCUUUUCUUAUUUGUCUUUCUUAAUCAUUAGUAUUUUUUCAGUUUUAUCCUAUUCUCCUCGUUUUAUCAUUAACCAAUGUUGUCUGGUUGUUGUUGAUGUUCUCAUAAUUCUCACCAUCUCUACUAUCUCUAUCUUUUCUCUCUUUUUCCCUUCUUGAUCGUCUCCUUUUUUCCUUCUGGGCAUUUUUUUUUUAAUUGAGUAAUAUACAUCUACCUCAUUGUGUUCAUGUACAGUAAUGCUUGAUCUCGUCGUGACAUUUACUUUCCAUUCUUAAUCUCAUUUCUUUUCAUAUUUUGUGCUUCUGUGAAGUACAAUUUCUCCUAUAUUUUUAUCUUUAAAUGACUCAUGCUCUAGUGAAAAUGCAUUGCUUUUCAAUCACUCUCUUACUC